AAAAACGUCCUCCACUCCCUCUUUUCCUCACUCCGCCUCACCCCCAACCUGAAACCCCACAACAACCAUAACAUCUGUUUAUGCCGGGGUUCCGCUCUCGCAGACGGACAGCACGGAAGCGUCUGUUGGACCAAUUACCCGCAGCCCCUCGGAGCGCGUCUUCCUGGGCGGACUCUGUUCCCCGUGCCAGGACAGUGAGGAGCAGGAGCGGACAGCCAGCUCAGGACAGACGCUACCGAGUUGACAAUGGGGUCGUCUGGGGCUCUGGUCUGCUCCACCGCAUGCGUCUUGAUUUUACUGAGCUCAGCAUCAACGGAUUAUCACAACAUGGAGCAGCGUAUGGUCUCCUUUGCCGAAAUCAUGCAAGAGAUGGAACAAUCACAUGCCGUCAAUUUGCAGAAAGAGGAGGACUUGCCAGUUAGCUUUAAUCCAGAGGGUUUUGUGCCCCGUUCCUUUGAUGGUCCUCCCAUUUUAAACUACCCAGUCCAGUUCCCCCUCGGGCGACCGACCUCCGACAAUCUCCAAGCCAUCUGUCUCAAUGGAGAAUAUCGUCCCAGCUACUCAAAGUCCUACUUUCCUGAUUCUGGCUUUGGCCAGCAGAAGCGCAAGGCCAAUACUGUCAAUAAGGCAGAGUCCUGGUUGAGUACAUGCUGCAAAGGGAACCAGACGUGGGGGAAGGAAGUGACGCUGUGUUGCGCCACAAAGGCAUGGGAGCUGUCAAUCCAAUCCUUCUGUGAAGAGGCCUCAUCAAUAAAGGAUCAUAUUUAUCACUGCUGCUUCCUGAGAGGCGACGACAGGCUGAACUGUUUCCAAAACGACGCUCCCAACCCAAACUACGAUGCAACAGAGGAGCUACCGGUACCACCACUUCCCUCGACAGACAACUUCAGCUUUGACCCUAACACUUGCCAGAGGACAGUGAUGACUCCACACAGUGUCAGAGGAAACAGAGGAAAGGUAGAGAAGAAACCUGAGAAAGUUGACAUGAGCUUUCCUCCGGGACGACCCACCGCUGACACGAUUGAGACGCUGUGUCGCAACAAGAAACAGCGCCCCCUCUAUAAAACCAAUUGCCUGACAGGUCUUGGGUAUGAAUGGCUGGCUCGUCAGGCAAAGACCAUCAAUCGUAUCGAAAAGGGAUUCAAGCAGUGUUGCAAAAAGAAUCAGCGUGCGCUCAACUGUGCUGAUCAGAAGUGGCGUGAGGAGCUUGACAAGUAUUGUGUUGACGAGAACGGUGGACAGGUGGAUUUCCACUGUUGUUUGGGCGACGUGUCAAAUGAUCGAUACAACUGUUUCCAAGAUGCUUCUCCUGACCCACAUUAUAACAUGACUUCUGCCACUAAAGAGCUCUCACUCCACAACAUCUGUGGCACUCACAAGAUCGUCAAGAAGAAGUUCCCUGUUGGUUUUCCUAUAAAGAGCUUUGUGAACCAAUGCUGCCCCCUGUCUGAAGAUCACAAGACUGCUUGUUUUGAGCAGAAGCUUGAGGAAAUAUCAGAGAUGUGUUCAUCAAGUAAGACCGUUUCUCCAGCUGUCCGUCGUUGUUGUCGCACAUCUUCACAAGAGCCUACACAGUGUAUCUCCAAAAUUCUCAUGGAUGCCAUCUCCAAAGCCACCACCGUCUUACGCCAAAAGAAGAAGAAGAGGUGCCCCCUCUCCUAAACACUUUUGACCUUUUGCUGCUGACCCUACUGCCUGUAGGCCAUUCAGAGAAACGGCAAGCUAGCAGUAUGGUUGACCUCCAAUCACUGAAGAGGAACAAUUAGAGGUCUGUAAGAAAAUGUGGUCCAAAUUCUAGCUUUAUAGGCUUCUAGCUGCUUAUGUUAUUUGCUUUUUUUCCAUCUGAAAUCACCUUUGAAGCAUUGUUAUCACAAGAAUACAUUUAUAAUGAAACACAAAUAUUUUUCUCUUAGUUUGUAAAACAGACUUUUGUCUGUGUCACUUUACUACUACCUCUUAUAGGCUGCUCUAUGCAUUUUAUUGUUUCAUUUGGAGCUGCAAGAUCAGUUCUCUUCUUUGUCUAUGUUUUUGUGGUGAUCACACAAAAACAGUUAUAAUAAAAACGUUUUUAAAUGUA